CAAAGAGAGAAUACGAUUUUUGUAAAUUAUACUCUAAAUUAGUCAUUUAGUGAAUAAGCUGGCAGUACUGCUCUGGCAACGAUAUCUGUGUACAAAUAUAACUACUCAACUCAUAUCAUUAGUACUCAGUACCUUUAUUCUUUCCUUCACACAAAAACCCAAUCUCCAAAAAGAGCUACUCUCCGAUUCCCAACACACCAACAGAAAGAAAAAAGAAAAAAACGAUGAAUCAGAGAAACAAUACUCCCCUGAUAUUCACAGUUAUCUCCAUCUUUUAUUUCUCUGAUCUUAUUUCUAGAUCUGUGCUAGUAGUUGAAGGUGCUACUAACCACACAGUUGGAGGAAAGUUGGGUUGGUACGAUAAUCUUAUGAAACCUGAUGUCAAUUAUCAAAAAUGGGUAUCUGGUAAAGAUUUCAGCUUGGGAGAUUUCCUCUUAUUCAACACUGACAGUAAUCAUUCGGUUGUACAAACCUACAAUGUAACAACAUACAAACGUUGCAAUUCCGACGAUGCUGAAGUAGAUGAUACAACAGAAUGGUCAUCUGCAGAUCCUUCUUCGACUGCACCAUUACCCGUCACUGUAGCGAUUCCAUUAACGAAAGAAGGCAUGACAUAUUUCUUUUCUAGUGAUUACGAUGGUGAACAAUGUAAACAUGGACAACAUUUCAAGAUUAAUGUAUUACACGGAUCUGGAUUACCGCCAAGUAUGAAAACACCAUCAGCUUCGGAACCAUCACCUUCUCCUACAAAAAGUGCGUCUGGAGAUGACGAUGAUGCUGAUGAUUCAACGCCUAAUCCAGAAACGGUUGUUUCUUCAAAUUUUAAUGACCCUAAACAAAGCACGGGUAACAGUACUGAUGAUGCCGAUAUUAAAGAGAGUUCCAGCUCGGUUUCUAGAACAAAGAGAGGGAGUUUCAUAGACAUGAAAAUGGUCGCAGGAAUUUUUCUUAUGGUAAUACUUGGUGGGUUUUCGGUGGAUAUAUAGUUUGUUUGUUUGAAUCGAUCUUAUACUUAUAGGGGUUCCACAUUCAAUUUAUGCUAUUUAGUUUGAUUUUUUUUAUAGUGUUUAAUCCUUUGAAUGUAAUAAGUUUUUAAUAAGAAAUGAUGAGUACUUCAUGAUUUAGUUUAAACUAAUGUUGUGUCGGAUUCCGGAGAAAGGAAACAAUUCACUGGAAAGUAUACCCCAUGAAAUCAGUAUCAUGGAGAUGCAAAUAAAGAUUUUCCAUGGAGUGAAGUUAAAUACCUAUUUUAG